CCGAUGUAGCUGAUCGCGUUGCUAUUUUAAAAAAAGACUGCCAUUCCGAAUCCAAAACUCGGACAUGUCAACAACGAAUAAAUUCUCGACUGAUUUGAAAGCAUUGAUUUGUUGUUUUUAAUCGAUGUUCUCCUAAUUUUUUAAUCCGGUAACGGUGUUAAUAGAUAACUAAGAAAGAAACAAAAUAUUUAGUUUUUUAAAAAGUGUUCAAGAAAAGAUGCAAAUUAUCUGUGAUUUUUAGUACCUCUACCAACCCAGCGAAGUUUACAAAAAUAAAAAAUUUAUACCUUUAAAAUUAUUUUAUUUAAUUUAUUUUGCUGUCAAUAUGAAAUGUUGGAUGUCUUUCUUCGUUGUGCUGAUUUGUACAGCAGUUCUAGCGGCACAGGGGCAAGCCAGAAAAGGUUGUAACGCUUUUGGGCAUGCCUGUUAUGGAGGGCACGGCAAACGUUCUUUGGGUUUUAUAGGAAAUAAUGGCAAUAAUGGAAACACUAAUGGCAACGAAAAUGGAAAUUUCAAUGCAGAUAUAAAUUUGAAUACACUUGAGGAUGCCCGUGCAGACAGCGCCGUUUUUCGGGCUCUCUCAAAUGAGCCUUCCAUAUUUUCAGAAAAUGAGCUUAACACAAUUCCAAGAUAUCAUUUGAUUAAAAUUCUUAAACCUCAAUAUGGAAGUCGUUCGAAAUUGUCGCAACGAUUGAACGAAAUUGAUUAUCCCAUGUCCGGAGAAGUUUAUAACCGAGACAACGCUUUCAAUUAAAUCUUAUCGUUUAGAUAAGUUAACGUCUAUUAAAUAGCUAAAUAUCAAUUUUUCCGCAAUUAAAAAAAAUCUGUAUAUACACGUUCAUGCUGCAUGCGCCAGACAACUUUAUUAAAUACUGAAAAUGCAUAUCAAAACUAGAAGUAAUCGUUUUUUUACUUAACACGGAGAACUGAAAUUUUUAGGGCUGGAAAUUUCAGAUUUUCAUGUAAAAAGUGCACGUACACAUUGUAUAAAAAUAAAACUAUAUAUUAUUAUUUUUGAAACAUAAA